UCGGUGAUAAGAAUUUUCUAGAUGACUAAUCACUUCAUCUCACAGCGAAAUAAUAAAAUUUAAUGUAUAAUCAUGUUAUAGUGCGAUGCUCACAACUAUAUUAUUUACUAUACGCGCAUUAAUCUCGCAAUAUUGUUUUGUAUAUUUUUGUGACGUUCCUCUCCCAAUAACGUAAACUCAAUUUUGAUCGUAAAGUCUGCUGUAGUUGCUGUUUCAAUCGUAGAAUAAGUUGCGGUUAAUCCCAUCUCUCAUGAUCGAUUUCAAUAUUAAAUCGAAAUCCCGGUCAGCACAUGUGUUUUUUUUCGCGUGCGCGGUCAAGUAACGGCGGUAACGGGUCGUUACCGCACACGUGCGUACUUUUAACCUUUUUGACAUAUUUUGAGAAGUAGUCGCGGAACGUUUCUUUGAACUCAAUUUCUCGCGUUAAACAAAAUUUAACCUGCAACGUUACGAAAAAACGAAAAACCAUUAUUGUUUAACCCCUUUAAAAGUAAAUCAUGAACAAAAUUGAUAUAGGUUUCGUGGAAGAGUGUGAAAGUUGGAGGUUAGAGAGUCGUUUUUUUCCGAGCAAAGUAGGCGGCAAACCAGCAUGGUUAGACCUGAAAAAUAUUCCAAAUAGCGACGAUUUGAAAUGCAACGUUUGUGGCACUCCUUGCAUAUUUUUGUGUCAAAUAUAUGCACCCUACGAAGACGACCCUCAAGCCUUCCACCGAACUCUGUACGUAUUCGUUUGCACGGACGAGGCUUGCUGCAAGCCAAACAAUAAUGACAACUUCAAGAUUUUACGCUGUCAACUGCCCAGGGAAAAUCCUUACUAUCCCUUUGAGCCACCUGAAGAAGUUGAACAUUGGAGAUCUGAUAUACGAGCUGAAAAAUGGGUUAAAACUUGUCAAGUAUGCGGGAUUUUAGCACCGAAACACUGUGCAAAAUGUAAAAAAGUGAAUUACUGUUGUCGUGAACACCAAAUUGGUGAUUGGAAAGCUGGGCACAAACAAAAAUGCAGCCUCGAUUCACCAAAUCAAAGCAAAACUAUUACUGAGACAAGCGGUUUUAGUUAUGCCUUAUAUCCAGAAUUCGAAUUAGUAAUGGAAUCUGAAAAUAAAAGCGAACCGGACGACACUAAGGAUGAUUUUGCAAAAGAGGCGGAAGAAAUAAAACGUUUCGAAGCAUUGGUAGCAAGUGGCAAAGCAGGAACAUUGCAAUCCGAGAACGAAAUAGACAGUGAUCUUCAGAACAUGUCUAAAGCUGAAACCGACGAAACAUUUACUGCUUUCAGUGAAAAAGUCAAAGAAAACCCUGAUCAAGUUUUGAGGUAUGAUCGUGGUGGAACACCAUUGUACAUAUCUUCAACCAGCAAUGCACCAAAUAUCCCUGACUGCGAACUCUGUGAUGGUCCACGGCAUUUCGAAUUUCAGAUAAUGCCUCAGUUACUGAAUUAUCUGGGAUUCAAAGAUGUUCUCAGAAGUGUCGAUUGGGGUACGCUAUUGAUUUACACUUGCCAAAAAUCAUGUUCACCAAAAUCAGCAUACACCACUGAAUUUAUAUGGAAACAGGACAUCGUCUGAGUGACAAAGCAACGAAUGUAUCGAGGAAUAAAUGAUUUUCGCCACACAGCCGGUAUUACACUAACAUUAUUAUCAAAUCUGUUGAGAAGUUCCAUUGACUACGCACAAAUUUAUGAAUCUGGACUAUUUGAACGCAGAUAUAGAUCUCAUCCAACAAUGAUCAAAUCAAAGAAUUCAGUUUGAGAAAUAAUAGUAAAAAGUUUUAAAUGAAUAAUUCAAAUCAAGGGAAACCCCUGAAAAAAGCUUAA